CUGCACUUUUCUGGAACGGAUAAGAGGGAGAGAGGACAGACCGGAGCAGACACACCAGAAUCCCAGCGGGAAAACCUCGGAACGCCAACAAAGACAUGCCAACCAGUUUUCCCAACACCUCGGAACAGGACUGUGACCCCAGUGACCUCAACACCUCCUGGGUCCCUCCGUACAUCUACAUCAUCUCCGCUCUGGGCAUCCCCCUCAACCUGCUGGUGCUCCUGGUCUUCCUGCUCCACAAGAAGAAAUGCCCCUCCACCCAGAUCUACCUGUGCAACAUGGCCGCCGCCGAUCUCCUCCUGAUGGUCUUCUUGCCUUUCUCGGGCGUAUACCUGGCCAAUUAUCACGUCUGGACUUUCGGUGGACCUAUGUGCACAGUUGUCAGUCUUCUAAUGGUCAUGAACUACAACUGCAGCAUCUAUUUCCUCGUCCUGGUUUGCGCUGACCGUUUUUUAGCGUUGGUUUACCCGCUGACACCGUGCAAACUGCGUAGACGUAAAUACGCAAUGUUGGGUUGUUUUUUGGCUUGGUGCUUGGGUCUGCUGCUAAACAUCCCGACUCUUAUGUGCAAAAGAGCCAUAUUAGUUGACGAUGAAACCUUUAGUGAUGGUAUAGAGGAAUACACAUGCCAGUGGAAUUGUUCCGCGGAUUUUAAUUUCACACAUGAGGUGAUACAAACCAUUGUGGCGUUUGUUAUUCCAUUUCUCAUCAUUUUAUUCUGCACCGUUAAAAUCCUCCAAGUGCUGAGAGCAAGGCCUAGCAACAAAGACAGCACACUACAAAAGGAACACAAAGCCACCGUUUUAGUUCUUAGCGUGUUGUUGGCGUUUUUCAUCUGCUGGUUGCCGUUUAGCUUAACUAGAAUGAUAGAGCAAGCGGUAAGAUACAAACUCGUUCAGGAAACGUGCAGCCUAAUACAGCACUUGUCUAUCUGCAGAGUUCUCUUCGUCAACUUUGGGUUCUUCAACAGCGUUCUUAAUCCCAUCGUGUGCGUCAUCGCGAGUAAGAAUUUCUAUACAAUGAUGUCAGAGGUGGCGAGAGGCCGUGGGUCGGUGAGAAGUCUCAGCAGAACCUGUUAAGAUUUUUGAAACCUGGAGUUUUUAGAAGAUUUGUUUGGUGAAAAUCCUCUGCAAAAAAAAAAAAAAAAAAAAAAGAGAGAAGUUCACACAUCUGGUACCUGAGACGGGCGCGUUGGAGGAGAGGGAGCGGCCCGAGAACAUAGAGAAAAAAAAUCCCACACACCGUCUCACUUGCAAAAUGUGAGAUUUAUUAGGACCAGUGCUUGGGAGUAACAGAUUACAUGUACCGGGGUUACGUAAUCAGAGUACAAAUUAUUAGUAACUGUAUUCGGUUACAGUUACUGUUUCAGUGAGAUUUUAAUUGGAUUACAGUUACUUUGUUGAAAUAAAUGGAUUACACCGCGGUAUUUUUCUGUUUUCACAUUUUGGGCUAAAAUAGGACUAAAACCAGGAAUAAAACUAGGACUAAACCAGGACUAAAACUAGGACUAAACCAGGACUAAACCAGGACUAAAACUAGGACUAAACCAGGACUAAACCAGGACUAAAACUAGCACUAAACCAGGAAUAAAACCAGGACUAAACGAAGGACUAAACCAGUACUAAACCAGGACUUAUCUAGGACUAAACCAGGACUAAAACCAGGAUUAAACCAGGACUAAAACUAGGACUAAACCAGGAGUAAAACUAGGACUAAACCAAGGACUAAACCAGUAUUAAACCAGUAUUAAACCAGAACUAAACCAGGACUAAAACCAGGUCUAAACAAUAUGACACCUAACAGCAGUGAUCUUGUAUAAAAAUAAUUUCUCUAUCAAUAAUAUUUUUUAUUUGGUUAAGGAAAGACUGAUCUUUUUAUUGUCCUUAAGAUGAUAAAACAUCUUCGUCUUUGUUCCUCUACACCAAACAAAAGUAUGUUCAUGGGGAUUUGGGCUCAACAGAGAAUUUGAAGAGAACAAACAAGAAUUUUCAGGAUGUGUCGCUACAUUCAUAUCGUUUUAAAAAGCAUGACAAUAUCAAGUAAUCCAAAGUAUUCAGAUUAUGUUAUUCACUUUAA